AUGAUGGAGCUUUGUUACUACUAGAGUCUGGUGACUGUGCUCAUUUGCUUUUUGAUUGGUGUUGUUAUAAUGAACUUCCAGGCGGCUCAGUUUUUUUUCACAUUAGUGGGGAUCGUUGUGUCUGCUCCUGUCCCUCAGAAACUGGACAUUAUGAACAAGGAUACUAUUGAACAAGCACACAGCUUAAUCAGCAAAACUCUGGAUGAUAUUCCUGCAACUCAUGCAGCAUGGGUAAAGAGCAAGAGUCUGACUUGGGGCAACAGCACAGAUAAGCUGCAGCACUUGAAACAGAACAUACCAUCAGCCCCUGUUCUCCAGAACAUCACUGAUAUCAGCAGUCUGGAAACCUGUCUUGAUAAAAUAGUGAAGGGUCUGCAACUACAUCUGAACCUCCUGAAAGAGCUAAUGGAAGCAACCACAUUGUCGCAGACUGACCAGUUGACAGAACUACAAGCUGACAUUCAAGAAUUUGUGCUUCUAAUCGAGGAGCUGCAGAAUCAGUCAGGAUUUAACCCAUCACAACAGACAUCAGAAGAGCAGUCCUUCAAGCACAAUCUGACCCAACAUCUGAAAAGUGAAUUCCAGACUCAGGCGGCGGCUCACCUCAUCCUGCAUCAACUGCGAGACUUCAGCUGUGACGUCCUUCAGAGGAUCGUCAGUAUCCGUAGUAUGUCCAUCUAAGAGACCCCUUGCACUGUGCAGCUCUGUGUAAAUGCAGCCGGUGUAUGAGCGGUCUAGCCUGUUAAGCCCAAAGUAUAGUUCAGUUUUCACCCAGAGUUGAAUGUACAUAUUUAGAAAUUACUUUCUUUUUCAUAUAAAUCUAUUUCUCUAUGGAGAAAAGGUAUUCAUACUCUAUAGAGUAGGUCUAGUUAGAAAAAACAAAAACAAAAAAAUUCAACUCAAGUAUUCUUUAAGCUUGACAGUGACGAGAUGCAACAUGCUGAAGCGACAACCAAAUAAUAAUAGCGAUGAAAAAUUUUGGCAAAGGGGAUUUAUUUGUUGCUGGACAAUUGUACUUCUAUUAUUUGUGUUUUUUUUUGUAUUUAUUAACUGGUUAUUUAUUCAGGUUUUAUUUAUUUAAGUUAUUUAUUAUUGUUUAUGGAUAUAUUAUUUAUUCAUAUUUAUUUAUAUUUAAUUUUGUUAAUUAACAUGGCUCCAUAGAUAUAGAUACCCUGGACCACAAAAACCAGUCGUGGAAAUUUUUCGAUAGAUUCCUGAACCUGAAUUGGCUGAAAUAUUCAACUAUUUGAAAAUCUGGAAUCUGAUGAUUUAACAAAAAAAAAAAAAACACUGAGAUAAUCGAUCUUAAACCAUCUAAAUGAAGUACUUCACAAUGUACAUGUCUGACCCAAAACUGAUAUGUUUACAGUAGGAAGUCUACACAGUAUCUUGAUGCAUGAUUUUGAUAGCAUCAGGGUGGCGCAGUAGGUAGCACAAUCACCUCACAGCAUGAAGGUCGCUGGUUCGAGCCUCAGCUGGGUCUGUGCAUUUCUGUGUAGAGUUUUUAUGUUCUCCCCGUGUUCGUGUGGGUUUCCUCCGGGAGCUCCGGUUUCCCCCACAAGUCCAAAGACAUGCGAUAUAGGUGAAUUGGGUAAGCUAAAUUGGCUGUAGUGUUUGUGUGUGAAUGAGAAUGUAUGGAUGUUUCCCAGUGAUAGGUUGCAGCUGGAAGGGCAUUCACUGCGUAAAACUUAUGCUGGAUAAGUUGGCGGUUCAUUCCGCUGUGGUGACCCCUCAUUAAUAAUGGGACUAAGCCGAAAAGAAAAUAAAUGAAUGAUUUUGAUAACAUGAUCUUGACUUGAUAUUUUAAUACACUCUCAAAUAUAAAGGUACAGGAGCUGUCACUGGGGCAGUACCUUCUCAAAAGGUACAUAUUUGUACCUCAAUGAACCAUAUUGGUACAUCUAAGAUGCAUUUGGAUACUAAUAUAUACCUUUGAAGUACCACUGUGGUCUCUUUAGGUACAAAUAUGUCUCUUUUGAAAAGGUACUGCCCCAGUGACAGCCCCUGUACCUUUAUUUAUAAGAGUGUAUAAUAAUAAUAAUAAUAAUAAUAUUAAUAAUAAUAAUAAUAAUAAUAAUAAUAAUAUAAUUCUUAAUAACCAAAAUAAAAGAAAAUUUGAUAAUUUAAUAAUAAAAAUAAUUAUUAUUGCUAAUAUUGACUUUGGUGGUGUAGAUAAUGGCCACUGCCUAAAAUAUACAUGCGCAACAUAAGGUUUUGAGGUCAUGGGUGACAUCACUCUUAGAAAAAGUGGUUCAAAAUCGUAUCAAAUAGGUUUUUUUUAGCUUAUAACUAUAACAGAACCUUUCUGGUGCUAAAGAGAACCCUUUGCAUAAAGUUCCCUAAAAAGUGUUAAUAAUAAUCAAAAGCAACAAGCAAUUUCAAGUUUUCGAUUGCUAUUCCCAAACCAUGCCAACAUCACUGUACUCCUGAUAUAUCCGAAUGUUUCAUGAAUAAGGGCUAAUAUGUGAAAUACUUGUUAUUUACUUGUCUAUUUAAAGGUUGUUUAUUAAGCGCAUGACCACGUCUCAUUAGUUUUGAAAUGAGAUCAUUGAGGUCAUUGGAUUAAUCUCCUGAUCUCUGUGAGACCCAUACUGUUUUUAUUACUCAUUCCAUGUGAUUGCAGGUUCUUGUUUUUAAUUAAAUAUUUUUUUAUGCAAGAGUACUCAUAAAUCAGUUGAGUAUGUACCAUUCAAUAAUGUAUUUAUUUAUCUAUAUAUUUAUUAGAAUAUUUGUAUUUAUUU